AUGGAGCUGAGCAAUGUGGAUGCUGCGGUGUUUUGGUCGGUUUCUGGCAGCCUCCAAACUAUUCUCCUCGUUCGGGUCUGCUACCUGACAGUGGUCAAUAGAAGCCACUUGUCCGUCUGGUGUAGAAGGCUGGCUGAGUACUUCAAGAUGAUGUUCAAACUUCAGCCUAUUGGAAGUGCGCAGGAGAAGCUUCUGGUGGAUCAGGUGUGCUAUCGUCAUGUGCAGAUGGCACGCUUGUUCUUGAACUUGCUGUGUGGAGUCUUGAUGACCGGGCUUCUUGGAGUUCAGGUGACUGUUGUACUCAGCACGAACGGAUGGAUGUCGGCAGCCAUGGCGUGGAUCCUCCUGGCGCUAUUUGCGAUUACCUUGCUUCACGUGGUGUCCCCAACUUUGCUGGCAAAGCCCAAGCAUUCGAACGCUUUGUAUGCAGUCUUAAUGGCCCUGGCCGUGAUUGGCCUGGCACCCAUGAUCACGCCACCAGACCGACUGUUCAUGAUGUCACUUUGUGUACUUGGCUUUGUUCGUGUGCCGGCUGUAUGCAUGGCCACAGAACCCGCGUUGGUCGCCUUCUGCAACUUCGGGCCUUUUCUCAUGGUGCUGCUGCGAGCCACAGUGGAAGGAAUACCCUUAGCCACUGCCGUCAUUUGUGCAGAAGUCUCCGGCUUCUUCGUAACUGCGGUCUCGGCCGUGUUCUUGCAGGUGAGCUUGAGAUGCAGCAGCAGCGAAAGUCUUCGGCACCAGCAGCUUUCCACAGAGCUUCGAGCGGCAUCCUCGCUGCUCGGCUUGACCUGUGAUGCCGUCAUCGAGCUGGAUCAGGACUUGCGAUUGGUGGAGCACUCAACCGAGCUCGCCACCAUCCUCCUUCAAUCGAGUUCCGACCUGAAAGGCAGCCUUUUCACGGAUUUCAUGCCCAGCACGGAGGAGGCAGAAAGGGCAGCGGAGCUGUUGCGCCGAUUUGACAAAUAUCCGCCGGAAAGCAUCAACACCCAGGCCUUCCAUACGCGGUUUGUCGACAGCUGCUCCAGCAAGUUUCGCUCCGAAGUUUUUCAAGUCAUGUACACAGUGCCGGGUCGGGGUCGUGGCAAGUUCCGGCACCUCCUGGGCGUCAGAGAUGUCAGCGACAAGCGAUCGCUUGCCUCCCCCACAUCCCCGGAUGCCUUGUCAAUGUCGGAGAGGCAGCCGUCCUACACGUUGCUCACACCAAGCAUCUUUACUCCAAACAGCCAGCUGCCCGGUGCACCGGUCGUCCACAUGGAGGCGCAGGCGCCUGAGCCUCCCGCUAUCGAGCACAGAAGGCUGCUAAGCCUUGAGAUUGACAUGGAGCGGAAGAGCAUAGCAGCUGCAUCGAAGCCAGCCUUUGUCGGGAAGAGGCUCGUCGACGUAUUCUCAGAGCCAGGGCUCGCGGUUUUGGAAGAAGCUUGGGUAACCGCGUGCUCCGAAGGAGGGGCAGAUAAGGCAAUUUCAUUUCAGAAGUUGGAGUUGCGAUUGAACUCCUCCAUCCGGGAUUCUGUGGAUGGCAUCCUGGAAGUGGCCAUGACGGAGACAGGAGAUCUUCAUAUGAUGUUGCGUUGCCUUCUCACUCCCACACUUGCUGCUGCGCAGAACUUGGCCCGAAGCAACUCCCGGAACCUCCUGGUGCCUGUGCCGGAGGCUGUGCAAGGCGAGACGUCAACGGAGGCUACAGAGUUCGUGAACGUGAACUUCUAA